AUGGCUUUGGUUCACAAAUUGCUAAAUGGCAUUUAUAUUCUCAGAAAAUGCCCGAUGCCAAGUGCUGCCUCAUGCCUAUUUUUGGGUCCUCACUUUGCAGACUACUGUUCCAGUAGUCUUCAGAAACCUGUGACUGCUCCUGGCAAAGUGGAUUAUCCUCAGGGGAAGUCUAAAAGGGAUUUACAAGCACAUCACCAGACAGAAGUCGCUUUGGACAUAACUUCUGAAGAUAAGCCUGAAGUUAGUUUUGAUAAAGCAAUUAGAAAUGAAAUAAAGGAUCAUUUUCUGCGUUUGAAGGAUGAAUUUGUGAAUCGUUGGAUAGGACCUGAAGGCCGUCCUCUGCAUGAAGUCUUGCUGGAACAAGCUAAGGUUGUCUGGCAGUUUCGUGGAAAAGAAGAUUUGGAUAAGUGGAUAGUGACUUCUGAUAAGACCAUUGGAGGCAGGAGUGAAGUAUUCCUGAAAAUGGGCAAGAAUAACCAAAGUGCACUGCUGUAUGGUAAUCUGAGCUCGGAGGCCCCUCAUGAUGGGGAGAGUGGCCACAGUGGAUACUGUGCAAUGAUAUCUAGGAUUCCAAGGGGCCCAUUUGAGAGGAAGAAGUCUUACGACUGGUCGCAGUUCAACACUUUGUAUCUUCGUGUCCGUGGGGAUGGUCGUCCUUGGAUGGUCAAUAUUCGGGAGGACACAGAUAUAAUCCAGAAGAAGAAUCAGAUGUACAGCUACUUCAUGUUCACUCGUGGAGGGCCCUAUUGGCAGGAAGUCAAGAUUCCUUUUUCCAAGUUUUUCUUCUCUAAUCAAGGAAGAAUCCGAGAUGCCCAGUUCCAGCUGCUGCUAGAUAAGAUCUCUUCUAUAGGACUCACUCUUGCUGAUAAAGUGGAUGGCCCAUUCUUCUUGGAAAUAGACUUUAUUGGAGUUUUUACAGAUCCAGCCCACAAGGAAGAAUUUGCAUAUGAAAAUUCUCCAGACCUUAACCCACGACUUUUUAAAUAA